AAUCCUGAACAAAGCAAUAGAUAGACUGAACAAAGUUGUGACUCAAUUAAAUAUCGCGUUGACACUUGCUGAGGAUAGAAUCCAAUACUUUGAAGUCACUGACAACAAAUCUGAAGUAUAUCGGCUGAUCAAAGUAAGCAUACUAGCACUUGACAAUCGUAUCUCAACUUUACAAAGGGCCUGCGAUGAAGUCAGAAAUUACGCCGAUGUUCUGGACGCAGAGUUUACGGAAACUGAAGAAAACGAACUCAAAUUACUAGAGAGGUUUAGUUCGAUCAAUUUAUUCCUGACAGAAAACAAGCCAGCGAAGCAAGAAAUACAUCCAGUCCCACAACUUGGUCAACACGAAGUAAAUCAACAACCAAUCCCUCCAGAUGAUCAACAAGCACCGGUCCAACAGUUCGUACUGCCGCCGACACCUCAAGUCGUACCGCCGCCGACACCUCAAGUCGUACCGCCGCCGACACCUCAAGUCGCGCCGCCGUCGACACCUCAAGUCGCGCCCCCAGUACCGACGUUUCAAGUCGCGUUUCAACCACCUGUACAACAGUUCGAUCAACCCGCUAAUGCACCAGUGCCUCAAGUAGAAGUUACACAAAAUAACUUUUUGAACAAUUCAAUUCCAACAGCUCAUAUUCAGGUAUGA